UCAAAAUCGAAUUUUCAGUUCAACCCAUGUCGCCCAUUGACCCCAAACGAUCCGUUCUAUAACCCGUGCCCCAAGCCAAGGGAGAAGAUACAUGGUGUUAUAUAUGUAAUGGAUGGCUUGGUACUAGGUUCAGGAUCAAUAUCGAACGAAACGAAGAAAAAAAUCCAAUGUUUGCAUGACGAAAUAAAAGUGCGCAACAUACCAAGAGUGCUUAUUCUCACCAAAGCUGAUAUCCUAUGUGCCAAAGUUGCUGAGGAUAUUAGAAAUAUCUUUAGGAGCACAAAAAUUCAAAUGGCAGUAAAAAGGGCAUCGGAAAUGUUCGGUAUUCCAGAAUCCAACAUCCAUCCCGUAAAGAACUACGAGGGAGAUAUCGAUAUUGAUCCGAUCAUAAAUAUUCCAUUACUGCUCGCACUGCGGCAGAUUUUACAUUUUGCAUCAGAUUUCUUAUAUGAUGACAGUGAAGAUUCAGACUGAAUAUGGUUGACAAGAUCAGUUAUUUUUGAAUGUUUAUUUUUUAAACAGAAAUGAUAUUAACAUAACAACAAGUGACAGUUUAUUUUUCAUGGUAUACAAUAUAUUCGAAUCUUUCGUACUUUUGAUCUUUUUCAAUCUUUUUUAUUAAUUUUCUUUCCUAACACUCUUCAACUUUAAAAACACUAUCUAUGCAUUUGGACUUUUUAUCAAAAUCAAGUUACUUGAUGCAUAACAUAUGCAUUAUAAACAAAAAUAUUAGGGUGGUAUAUUUGUAAUAAACGAGGCGUAACUACCGCUUAAGAAGCGGAACUUAUUUAUUCUGAAAUAUAGAGUUUCGGUGGUAUUCAACAACAACAAAAACAAUAUCUAAUAUCCGUUUAAGUUGUUAUCCUCCUGAAGAAGAGAUGAAUUGACCAGUUGUUCCAAUGAUAAAAACCAGUUGUUCCAAUGAUUAAAACCAGUUGUUCCAAUGAUAAAACGUAAAGUUGGUUUGUACCUUGCACAACUCCAGCGUGGAUGAUGUGGACGUAAUAUGUGGUGUCAAACGUGAAACCCUAAAGCCUCUUCCGGUCAAGUAUUAUUUCGGUGAUUCUCACAUACCGAAAUAACUGGGUGGUAUUUGAUAUAAUUGCUUUUUAACGUUCCAACAAAUUUUACGACUUUUAGAAAUACCUCCUUUUAAGAAUUACAAGGUAAAAAUAGACAAUAGAUCUGAGUAAGACAUCUAUUUUAUUGAAUUUGCUUGUCGUAAUAGUUUCUUUUACAAAGUAAAUUCUGAUUUCUUAAUUGAAAACGGGAAUCUUAUGUCUGUAGACAAAAUAUUUCAUGAAAUAAAUCUUAAAACUAAUGAUAUUGCUUUUUAACCCUUUUGAAAAUUUCUUAACUGAAAAAGAAUGGAUAGUCGGUUUGCUGUCAGAGAAUGUCUUAAUCUAUUCCAUACAAUUGCAACAUUAUUACACUUCCAGAAAAUGUGUUCUAUCGUUUCCACUUACAUAUACCGGAAGUCACAUAAUUUUGUGCUUGACUAUUAAACUUUAGAUAAAAACAUAUUAUUUGGAAAUAUGAAAUAUUUAUACUGAAAUAUUACAACUGCUGUUUCUAUUGCUGCUUUAAAUAUUUUACCAUAAUUUUAUUCCAACUUAUAUCAUUGGUUUCAAUUCUUUUCAGACUAUUUCUGGUUUCUUUUACCAUUAAUUGUUUGUGUAUAGUACAAAUACUUUAUUUGUCUGUAGAUGGAUAACCUGUAUUAAAAAGCAGUUAAAAACAUUUCGUUAAUUAUCUG